CCUAAUUUUAGAGACUGAUACAACGGUACGGUUUAUAUGGUAGACAACAGUAUCUGCGUUAAGUGUUACCAGGUUAAAAUAUAUUAUCCAGUUCUACCAACCUCAAGACAUAAAUUCGUUUACGAGUUGCGUCGUUCAUGGUUCUCCGGAAUGACAGUUGUUUUGUGGUUAUAAAGAUAGAUAGAAAAUUCUAUCUCUAUCUCUUCAACCACCACCAUUCGCAAACCGGGAAGAGUUGUUGCCAGUGAAGGAUGCCUUCAGCCGCGAAUGCAAAGUCCGAAAAACCAGCCUCUUCGGAGGCUAUGGAUAACUCACCGAUAAGACAAAUUAUGACGAUUAUUGAACACAAAAUCCGUAAUUUGGAGAAAAGAAAGAGCAAGUUGACAUCAUAUCGAGACUUGCAAAAAGCUGGAAAAGAACUGAACAGUGAUCAGAAAGUAGCAGUUGCUAAGUAUGAUGAAGUUGCCCAAACUCUAGAGUUUGCAAGAGAGCUUUCUAAGCAAGUUGCAUCAAUAGCUACUUCUGCGGAACGUGAAGCUAAGAAACAAGCAAAAAAGGAUGCAUGGGUUCGGUAUGCAGCAGAGACCAGCAAAAUCCGAGAAGUAUUGCUGGUCUUGGACUGCCUUAACCAAAUGGGGAAUACAGAAGCAAGAAAUGAUUUCUUGAAUGGAACCAAUGGUGCAGUCAAGCUUACCGAAGAGGAUUUGAAAAUUUUAGAUGAUCUAUAUCCUGAAGUGACACCCAAACAUGAGCCUAAUGAGGAGGGCCAACCUGGAUUCCAUACUCAUACUACGAAAGCUGCUGAACAUCUGUAUGCCAUUGUUGAUGGGAAACCUAAAGAAGUUUUGGGUACCACUUACACUCGUAUCAAGGAGAUUGUUAGUGCAGUCCAUGAAUGUGGCUAUUUUGAUCGUUCAGCAGAAAUAAUAACAUCUGAAAUUGAAGAAGUCCAUGGCCUGCCAGUGGAAGCCGAGGUUGUAGAAGCUGUGGAGAAUGACGUGGAGGCUGAGGUGGCCGCUGCCUAUCCGCCGGGGGCUCUGCCAGUGCCACCAGCGCCCGCCGUCGUUCCCGCGCCUGCUUACCCGCUCAGACCACUGCCACCUAUCACGUUACAGGAGGUCGAACAUGCUUAUUUCGCUCAACAGUAUCCUCAACAGAGGCCUAUCGCCGAGGUCAUAGGAUCACAGAAUUUCUUCUUUUUACAAGAGUCUGAGAUCGAUAGCCCCAUCGGCACUCCUCAACCGCCGGUGAUGCCCAAUCAGCCGUCACCUCCGGCGCCCAUUCCAACGCAGACGUUCACGAACCAACACUUCGUGCAGCUGCCGGGCGGGCGCGUGGCGGAGCCGGGCACGCUGGCCAUGGCGCCGCAGCCACACUUCCCCCCGCACCCCGAGCACGCGUUCCCGCCCGGCGCCGUGCCCCUGCAUCCACACCACCCGCACCACGCGCUGCCCCCGCAGCCCGCCGGCCCGCCCCCUGCCGGGCCCCCGCAGCCCGCCGGCCCCCCGCAACCGGUGCAAGUACUAGCCGCCGCGCCGCCACAAGCGCCCUCCGCCGCUCCCGCAGCCGCACCGCCUCGUCCUGAUGAGCGACCGGUCGCGUCGCCUGCAGACGAUAAAAACGACGAUGACGCUAAGGAAGGUGGAAGUCCCGAACGCGACGAAGCUGGUACCGACGAUUUGGACGCGGCGGCGGCGGUGGCAGCGGUAGGGGCGCUCCUAACGGACACCGUGGUCGUGGAGCGUUCCAAAACAGACAAGGAGGCGAAGGCUACCGUGGCAGGCACCCGGGAGACUACCAGGGCAGAUCUGGUAAAGAUGGCUACCAAAACAGACAAUAUGACGGCUAUCAGAACAGACACGGCAAAGACAGUUACCAGAAUCGUGGAGACGACCGUGAUGGAUAUUACGGCAAUGGCGACACUGGUGACAGCCAUCAACAGAAUGAAAAUGGUGGUCGUGACCGAUACAACGACAACCAGAGCUAUCAAGGUGGAUUCAAGGGCCGCGGCAGAGGAGGACCUCGCGGCGGAGCUCGCGGUACGACGCGUCCUCCUCGCGCACAAUUCUUGUAUAAGUUAUGUCACACACGUGACUAUAGUGACGCGGUUCGAGAGGGCCGCUCGUGGCCGCCGUCUGUCGCUCAGUACCUCGUGCGUGCCUCGUCCUCGUGAUAAUAUAAGUACAGGAGAUGUGCACACAACUGACUUGAACACUGUCAACUGGGACCUUUUUCCAAAUCACAUUGAUCUUUGUACUUUAAUACAGUUGGUUUAA